UUCGAUUGAUGUUUACAAAAUAUAUUUAUCGUCGUUAUCAAUAGUGGUGAUGCUGUCGAAUGCUGCACUAUCGAAAGCGCGUUAUUUUACGCGUCUCUCGAAGGCGCAAUUCUGCUCGAGUGUUUUAAAAAUCCAGCAUGACCCUGUGCGCUCCGAAUUCAACGUAUUUCUAAACGACCACAAGGCUUACUUGAGUUACACAAUCGACGACAGAAACAAGCGGAUCAGUUUGAACCACACGGAAGUCCCGGAAGUGUUUCGCGGCAAAGGAGUUGGAAAGAAACUGGUUGAGGCUGCUUUUGACCAUGCGAGUCGUGAAGAUAUGCAAGUGAAGAUUGUGUGCGAAUUUGCUCAAGAAUACUACGAGAGGAAUGAGGCAAAAUUAAAACAUAUUAGAAAAGAGGAUUGAACAAUUUAGUUUAUGGAAAUAAAACUGUAUACUAUUAGCUCACUGUACAUUGUUUUAUACCCUUAUAUUCCUUAUCAUUUUAAAAUUUCGUUGUCUUCAUCUAAGGCUGUGUUUGAAAUCGUUUUAGAGAUCAUCAAAAGGGAUCGAGUUCGUACUUAUCACAACAUAUGUUUUCUGCAGGUAAAACCGGUGUGGCGCAUUAACCCAUUAACGACCAAGCCAGUGGCGUAGCGUGGCCGGGUGACACCUGGGGUGAGUUACUAGGGUGUCACACCUUCAUAAUACUUAGUUUUCUUUAUCAAAUGAAAAAUCAAACUUAUCUAAACAAGAA